UCAUCACAUAAAGCGCGCGCCUGAGCAUCACACACACAGUCUGGCAAUGGUUUUGCGCCACUGCGUGCAGUUUGGACUAUAACACUAAAGUUUGGCUUCUGGAGCACUCUUGCUCGUCCUCUUCUUCAAAGGUAUUUUGAUGUUACCAACAGAAAUCUCAGGAGGAGUGUGUUUUAGCCCGAGUCAGCACUCCAAAGGAAAGAACGGAAUGAAAACAGAAGAAAACCAAUCAUGUCUUCAGCAGGCCCCCUCCGCCACACCUUACGCAGAGCACGUGGGAGGAGGUGAGGUAUGUGCAGGGUGCGAGUCUCCCAUCGCGGACCGCUUCCUCCUGCGUGUCAAUGAACUGUCCUGGCAUGAGACGUGUGUCAAGUGUGCAGUGUGUCGCAGCGCGCUGAGCGGGACCUGCUACUCUCGCGACUGCUUGCUUUACUGCAAGCAUGAUUACGAGAAGUUGUUUGUGCGGAAGUGCAGUGCCUGUCUGCAGGCGAUCAGCCGCUCAGAGCUCAUCAUGCGUGUGCUGGGACAGGUGUACCACCUGAGCUGCUUCAGCUGCUGCGAGUGUGAGCGCCGGCUGCAGAGAGGUGAUGAGUUUGUGCUAAAGGAAGGACAGCUGCUCUGCCGGGGAGACUAUGAGAAGGAGAGAGAGAUGCUGGCAGCCAUCAGUCCGGCCCCUACCGAUUCAGUAAAGAGCGAGGAUGAGGAUGGUGGUGGUGUCUCUGCUGGAGGGAAGGCUGGGGAUGAUGGGAAGGAGCACAAGAGAUCCAAGAGACCACGAACCAUCCUGACCACACAACAGCGGCGCGCCUUCAAGGCUUCCUUCGAGGUGUCUUCCAAACCCUGCCGAAAGGUCAGAGAAACUUUGGCAGCUGAGACUGGACUGACGGUGAGAGUCGUGCAGGUGUGGUUCCAAAACCAGAGAGCAAAGAUGAAGAAGAUCGCUCGCAGACAACAGCAGCAGCAGCAGCAGCAAGAACAGGAACAGAUGGGCGGGACCAGGAGGGGCCCGAGCAGAGGGGGCCGCCAGAGUAACGAUGACAGCGAGGAUGGCUCCAGCAGUCACGGACUGGACGGGCUGCUCUCUUAUUCCUCUCUUCCACGCCAACAACUGCUGGCUUUGGAUCCCAACAUAUACGGUAGUGAGCAGUUUCGACACGGGCUCACGCCGCCGCAGCUAGGCCCCGAGCAGAUGCACUCCUACGACUCUGAGAUGGUUUUCCAUGACUUGGACAGCGAUGGAAGCCUCAGUCAUCUCGGGGACUGUCUCUUGUCGACUGCCGAGGCUGGAGUUCUGGCAGGACGCAUAGGAAAUCCCAUUGAUCGCCUCUAUUCAAUGCAAAACUCCUACUUUACCUCAUGACCCUGGUUCCACCUACCUAAAGCGCUCCUCCACCACUGCAGGGGGCAACACGUAGAUUGAGUCUCACUGGAGGCGUCUUUCAUCGUCAAAACUAAUUGCCUAUCUUAGUCAUGCCAAUUAAGCUCUUAACCAACCAAACCAAGACAGGGUCACACCCUUAAAAUUCAAUUUGACAUGGACAGAAUGGGAAUUCACUGGAAAUACAUGUUUUAUAGCAUACAUAUGCACUAUCUUUUCGCUUUGUUUCAUUCAAACAUUUUUUGCGAUGGUUAUAGGCGCAUAAGACAUCAAUGAGCGGCUGUACAUGUAAGUGUUACCUACCCCUCUGCUCGCUGCACAACUGAUAAACUGAUCGAAAUCAAUUACCUCAUUCACUACAGAGCACUGCAGUGACAUAUUUUUGCAAGCUAAAACCCUCAAACAAACUAUUAUUAAGUUUCCUUUUCCGGUUCCAUUGUUCUGAAGUCAAUUUUAAGCUU